AUGAGCCUCCCCAAAACCCGCCUAGACGCCACGUUCGAGUCCCUUCUCGCCCGUCGAGAGCACCAAGGCCGUCUGCGUCGCCUGACUUACCGCGAACCCGGAGUAGUGGACUUCUCCUCCAACGGCUACUUGUCCCUCUCGACAAACUCGGAUAUCAAGGCCGCCUACUUGUCGCAUCUUCAAAGCCCCUCAAAUGAAUUCUCACUAGGAUCGUGCGGCUCACGGCUAUUGGAUGGCAACACCCCUUCAUCAGAGAAUCUAGAGUCCCUGAUUGCCGGAUUUCAUGGCGCGUCGGCGGGUUUGCUCUUCAACUCGGGCUUCGAGGCAAACACAGGGCUGUUCAGCUGCGCGCCCCAGCCGGGAGACUGCGUGGUGUACGACGAGUUGAUACAUGCCAGCGUUCACGAUGGGAUCAAGUUGAGCAGAGCGCGGGCCAUACCGUUUGCGCAUAGCUGUGUACGCCCAGGUGACGUACGUGAUUCCUCGAAACGGAGACCGCUGGACGUGGUAUUGAGUGACUUGCUAAACGGGUCGGAUGGCCACGAGCUAAGGAGCGGGCGAGUAAAUGUGUUUGUCGCCGUUGAGGGCGUAUACAGCAUGGAUGGCGACGUCGCUCCCCUCAGAGACAUUGUUGAAUGCGUGGAGAAGCGGCUGUCUCAAGGAAACGGGCACGUAAUUGUCGACGAGGCUCACUCGACCGGCUGCGUAGGUGACAGAGGAAGGGGUCUUGUGUGCCAGCUGGGUCUGGAGGAGCGAGUAUGGGCUCGCGUGCAUACCUUUGGAAAGGCAAUGGGCUGCGCAGGAGCCAUUGUUCUCUGUACGCCAACCACCCGGUCCUACUUGAUCAACUACGCACGCAGCCUGAUAUAUACCACGGCGAUGGGCCACCCCAUGCUUACGGCAAUCCAAACGGUCUACGGCUAUUUGAAGAGCGGCCAAGCAGAUGGUCUUCUCGCCAACCUCUUCUAUCUAGUGCAGGAGACUCACGCCCUUCUUCUCUCCAUUUGUCAGAAGCAUAAUCCUUGGCCGCAAUUAUUCAGAAUCAACACACGCCCGCCGCAGUCACCAAUCAUUCCUCUCUUCUCAGUGCAAUCGAGGAGUCUAGCACGACACUGUCAGCAAAGAGGGUACAUGGUGCGCUCCAUCGUUGCGCCGACAGUGCCCAAAGGCACAGACCGAGUACGACUAUGUCUUCACGCGGCAAACACAGUAUCCGAAGUACGUGGUUUGUGCAAGGCCAUUGAGGAGUGGCUCGAGCAGCGACUGGCAAGAGAUUGCUCUCCAGGGCCUGACAAUCUACAACUACCAUCAGUCGGUGAUAUAAAAAGACCGCCACUAGCCGAGUCGAGUAAACUGUAG